AAACAAAAUAAUUUUAGUUAUUUUUUCUUGGAGACCCAAUGUAUUAGAUUAAAUGAAAUACAGUUGCAAGCGUAUAACUCUGUGAUUUAGUGCCGGUCCAACAUGAAUGUGAAAACCGAAAUUGCCAGUGUCUGAUUUCUACCAGACUGCAUAACCACACAUUCCUGUUGAAUGAUUCUUGGAAUUUGAACACCAACGAGCGGUAUAUUAUCGCAAUCUAAAUCCAGUGUGUUCUUUCGUUCUGUUCCGAUCGUUCGCUCGCUCAGUUUGGUGGCUCUGCUGCCGUUCCGCAGUGUGUGUUGUUCGCCUUUAUCGUCGUGUUCUUGUUGGUGAUGCGUUCAUCUGCGCUACCCUCUAUAGCAGCUCAGUUGCUCUACCGUUUGUUUGAAUCGUCUGUUGCUGCCGUGCCGGGCUGGUGUGAUAGUGAUUCUCGAAAGUUGUGCAUGCACGGAGCGGAGGCUUGCUUGUUAGAAAAGCGUUUCCUAGACUACAGCGUUGCCAGCCUGGGCAGAACGCACUACAACAGGCCCAUCCUUCGGUCUGGUCCGGUAUUCAUUGGUGUACUGCAUAGAAGCGAAACCAAAAAAACAAACAUCGCAGCAAAAAAACAAUCGGCCUACGUUGGCAGUUGGCAGUUCAGCCGCGUUCCGCGACCGAAUUGCGCUGAAUGCGCUUGGAGGCAGUGACCGCUAGCUCGAAAUCCAUGUUGCAAAUCGAUACAGGCUUACCAUCAGGAACCAUCUGCUUUCGCUAUACGGUUGUGUGUCCGCAAGGAAGAGGAGCCCCAUAAUACCUCAACCUGUUCUGCGUUCAAGCAGCCUGCGCCCAUCAGUUUACAGAAAAUUACAUCCAUCGGCCUGGUCUGGACAAAAUGGGCGUAUAGAACUAGGCCCAUGUAUCGGGUUGGAUUAUUAAACUGCGAUCAAUUUUCAACGUUCCACAUCAAGUCCGACGGUGAAGGCGAACAGACACUGGCACUGACACUGGUGCAGACGACCGACCGACGCUUAUUUGCAUACGUGCUCUAUACGCAGUAAGGAAGUUGAAGGCACGUGAUUUUUAUGUGGUAUAUUCUGAACACUGCGUGUAUGUCUGUGAUAUGCUGUGAGAGCAUAAAAAAAUUCAAUUCAACCGUAACGAUCGAAAGAGAUCCAUUCGAAGGUGUAAAUGUUGUGCUUUGUGCUACCGUUUUAAGCAGGGUCUGUGUCUUGCAUAAUUUAAACGAAAGGGUUACGUAAUCGUCGAUGAAGCAGAACAAAAUUAUCGAGUGCUAUGAAUGAGCUAAAUCCUACAUGUUUAUGCAGCAGUGUUAUUUUGUGGAUAAUUUCCGUGUUGUAAUUAGGAAAACGUUGUAACCCCGGCGACAGUCCGUGUCCGAAAAUGGGCUUGGCAUCGUCCAAAGCGGCCAACAGCAUAGCCGCCAGGAAUGGCGGCGUUGGUGGCUCCAAAUGCGGCAGCGUGAUCGUCGAAACGCACCAUCCGGAUAUUCAGCAGCCGUGUUCACUGCUACCGUCGCCGUCGAGUGGUAUCAGCAGUAUUGAUACAUGGAAACCGUCCAGCUGUCACGUACGGCAGGCCAGUAUCCGGUCGCGCAAUUUGCAGCCCAUGCCGGACAUCAGCGAGCUAGAUCGACGAUUCGCGAAAGUACUGGCUUCUAUGGAUUUACCACCGGAUAAAGCGAAACUGUUGAAAAACUACGACAACGAAAAGAAAUGGGAUAUAAUUUGCGAUCAGGAAAUGGUACAUGCGAAAGAUCCUCCUGCCCACUAUCUCACCAAGCUGCGAACAUAUCUGGAUCCCAAGGCCUCACGGAGUCAUCGGAAACGAAAAAUGGUCGGUGAAUCCACAUCGACGCAGGUCCUGCGGGAUUUGGAAAUCUCCCUGCGCACCAAUCACAUCGAGUGGGUAAAAGAGUUCCUGGACACGGAGAAUCAGGGCCUGGAUGCUCUGAUUGACUAUCUCAGCUUUCGGCUCGCGAUGAUGCGUCACGAGCAGAGGAUACAGGAAGCCAAGUCUGAAUCGGACGAAGGUUUGAAUCCGAAAGAUACGACCCUCACGUCGUACGGAAGUAACGAAACGAACCACAAGCUUGGUGUGAAUGGGUUCAUGAGACCUGGGCUAGGAGAUAUGAUGGAUAGUCCCAGCAUCCGGCGGCGAUCGAGGCACAUUGCUAAGCUGAACAUGGGACUGACGACUGAUGAUAUUCAUGUGUGCAACAUGUGUAUGAGGGCAAUCAUGAACAACAAGUACGGAUUCAAUAUGGUGCUGCAGCAUCGAGAAGCGAUCAAUUGUAUAGCGCUUAGUUUGACUCACAAGUCUUUGCGAACGAAAGCUCUGGUUCUAGAAUUACUAGCGGCGAUCUGCCUAGUUAAGGGCGGUCACGAAAUUAUUCUAUCGGCAUUCGAUAAUUUUAAGGUAGUUUGCUCCGAGCAGCGUCGAUUUCAGACGCUCAUGGAGUACUUUAUGAACUAUGAAUUGUUCAACAUCGAUUUUAUGGUGGCUUGCAUGCAAUUUGUAAAUAUUGUAGUACAUUCCGUAGAAGAUAUGAACUACAGGGUGCACCUGCAGUACGAAUUUACUGCCCUCGGUCUGGAUGAUUAUCUGGAGAAACUUAGAUUAACCGAAUCCGAAGAGCUGCAGGUUCAGAUAUCGGCCUAUCUGGAUAAUGUGUUCGAUGUAGCCGCACUUAUGGAAGACAGUGAAACAAAGACUGCCGCCCUGGAAAGGGUCAACGAACUGGAAGACGAACUAGGUCGUGCCUUAGAUCAGGCUAGUGAAAUUGAGAGGGAAGCGCUCUUCAAAAUCGGAGAGCUCGAAUCGGAACUAAGUCAAACCCGAGCCGAACGAGAUGAUUUGUUCAACAAACAACGAACGGUAGAAGAAGAAAUAACGAAACUAAAACGCGCGCUCAAAGAGCACGAGCAGGAAUCAAAAAGUCGCCAAUCUAUGCUGUUGGAGCUUGAGAAUCUCACCAAAACUCUCCCGAAGGGUACGUCGAUUGCGGAUGUAUCCAACCUCCUGGCGAAGGGCGGAAAGCUCUCCGAGCUCAGUCCUACGAGUAACGGAGCAGACAAAGCCGCUCCACCGGUUCCACCGCCACCAGCGCCUCCCGCAGCGCCUAUGCCUCCACCUCCACCUUGCCCGCCAGCGCCACCGGCUCUGCCUAACUUGAACGGCGAUGCUCCACGUGCUCCUCCGAAACCACCCUCGUUUAUUCCACCUCCACCGGCUGGUCCGGGCGGUUUCAUGAAUUUUGGUGGCGCUAUCCACUGCACGGACGGUGCGAUGACUAUCAAACGCAAAGUACAAACCAAAUACAAACUGCCAACGCUCAACUGGGUUGCACUGAAACCGAACCAGGUACGCGGAACCAUCUUCAACGAGCUGGAUGACGAGAAGCUUCAUCGGCACAUCGAUUUCAUAGAUUUUGAGGAACGGUUCAAGAUCGGCAUGGGCGGUCCGCUGACCAACGGUAGCUGUGACAUGGACGGAUUGUCUACGUUCCCCAGUAAGCGAUUCAAGAAACCGGAGCAUAUAUCACUGCUAGAGCACACGAGAUUAAGAAAUAUUGCAAUCUCUCGCCGCAAGCUGGAAAUGCCCGUAGAAUCAGUCAUCAAAGCGAUCAACAACCUCGAUCUCAAACAGCUAUCGUUGGAGAACGUUGAGCUGCUGCAAAAGAUGGUUCCCACUGAUCAGGAACAGAAGCUCUACAAGGAGUAUGUGAUAGAGAAGAAGGAUCUGAAUCUGCUAACCGAGGAGGAUAAGUUCAUGCUGCAGUUAACCAAGGUCGAACGGAUUUCCUCCAAAUUGUCCAUUAUGAACUACAUCGGAAAUUUCUUCGACAGUUUGCAUCUGAUUAAUCCGCAAAUCUACGCUAUUAUAUCGGCUUCGUCUUCGAUAAAAUCGUCGAAAAAGUUCCGCUCGUUGCUCGAGGUAAUUCUUGCGUUUGGAAAUUAUUUGAAUAGUAGCAAGCGAGGGCCGGCUUACGGGUUCAAGCUGCAAAGCUUGGACACUCUGCUAGACACAAAAUCAAACGACAAACGGAUGAGCUUGAUGCAUUAUAUCGUUGCAACGGUACGGCAAAAGUUCCCGGAGCUCUUGAACUUUGAUUCCGAGCUGUUCUGCAUCGAUAAGGCCGCGCAGGUUUCGCUGGAAAUUCUAAUCACUGACGUAAGCGAACUGGAGAAGGGUAUGGAGGCGGUUCGAAAAGAGGCUGACUUGCGAGGAAAAGGCACACAUAACCACGUACUGCGAGACUUCCUGAAUAAUUCCGAAGAAAAAUUGAAAAAGAUUCGAACGGAUUGUAAAACUGCGCAGGAUUCCUUUAAAGAGUGUAUCGAAUAUUUCGGUGAAUCGUCUCGCAGUUCGGAUGCCAACGCAUUCUUUUCGCUGCUGGUGCGCUUUGUCAGAGCAUUUAAGACUUGCGAUCAGGAAAACGAACAAAGGCGUCGCCUCGAGCUGGCCGCUCUCCAAGCGGCAAACAAGAAGGAUGAGCUGGAAGAGCAAGUCGUACUGCGGAACAACAAGCUCAACAACCAGAAGAAGCAACAGGAGGCAGUAAUCAACGAACUGAAGACGAAAACCAACUCGGUGCGCGAGAAGAAAUUGCUUCAGCAGGACGAAGUCUACAACGGUGCCUUGGAGGAUAUCCUGCUGGGACUGAAGAACGAACCGUACCGCCGGGCGGAUGCCGUCCGGAGAAGCCAACGACGGAGAAUCGACAGCAAUCGGCUCUCGCGAACGAUGGAGGAACUGGAGUUUUAACCAGAACAGUGGACGAGGCAUCGAAAGGAUUGAAAAAAUGACAGGAAAUGUGAUUGAUUAAUUUUACGACUCCGCACAACCAUGCACAACAAUUGUACUGCCACACGACACCGUGUGCGUUCCGCCACUCUCUGUGACUCUCACUUUCUGUAUUGUACUGCUUUAUCUAACUAUUGAGCCUAGCAUACUCUUUUAAAUGAUCUUUCUUCAUUUAUGUACAUACACAGUUUUAGUCAUAGGUUAACAGUGAAGACAGUGAUUGAAGACAGUCUUUAGAAAUGAAAUGUUGUUAUUUUGUCUCUACUCGUAAGUAGGCUUUUGUUAAUUAUAUUAAUUCAGCAUACAUUUUAGUGAAACUUUCGUCUCUUCAUAUGUACAUAUCUUAUGGAAUAAUAUUUUAUCAUGCUAUGAUAACGAACGAACAUUUCAAAUAUGGGGAAAGCUCGUAUGCACAUAUUUUAUUAUACAAUGAAAUUGAA